UAUUAACUCAGGCAGACUCUGUGACCUCAAGUUUAUGAGUCAUGAAUUUCAUUUAUUUUAAUCUUAAUGAAGUGUAAUAAAAAGAAGCAUGUUGACUCCAUCAUUCGAAGCAAGACAGGAUAAGGAGAGCAUUAUACUCACUAUUAGAGUACCUUAUGUGAAGAUAUCUGAAGCUGAAAUAGACAUUGAUGGGACAAACUUCAAGUUUCAUUGCCAUCCCUAUUAUUUGUGGUUAGAGUUUUCAGGAGAAUUGGUAGAAGAUGGUGAAGAGAAAGCACAGUAUGAAGUUAGCACAGGUAAUAUUAUAGUUACUGUCUCGAAAAAGGUAAAAGGUGAAGAGUUUAAAAACUUGGACAUGUUGACCACGUUACUUGGAGGAAAGAAAGAAGUUGAUUUACGAUCAGUUGCGGCUAAACCUUUGAUUGAGGUGUUUACACUAAUCCACCAGCUGCGUUUUCAUUUUGAACUUAUCAUUCGUUUACAGAAGUAUCUGCUUAGGUAUUCUUUUUCAAAUGUCUCCUGGUAAGUAUGCGUUUUCAUGUGUUUUAGUGUAAACGAAAGCUGUAUCCAUGGCAAAAAGUCUGUUUUCCAAUGAAACCGGAGUAGUGUAAACGCAGCCUUAAUAUUGCUGAAGUACAUUUGCAUUCAAUAGAGCCCUAAAACUUGACUACACAUACUGUAAUACAAAUACAUUCUUCUUCU